CGACCGACAAGACAGUCAAACAAAAUGGCAUAAGCACGGUUGUCGUUCGAGGAGCGCAAGACAAUUUUGAAGUGGUAUUUUAAAUUUGAGUACAACGACAAUGGAGGCGUGAGUUUGCAACAGAACCUCCAACACGCCUGACAAUUGCACGCAUUCGUGAUAAGUUUGAAACCCAUGGUACCGUGUGUGAUGUGCACAAGCAAAGAUCCGGGAGGCCUCGCACAGCAACAAGUCCUGCUUCCUCGGCUACGGUGUUUUGGAACAGUUCACACGCUCGCCACAAAAGUCUGCCAAACUGUGCACGUGAGACAGGAGUUAGCAGAUCAAAUAUACAACGCAUUCUUAAGAGAGAAAAAUGGAAAGUUUACAUCCCAAGAUUAUUACAUGCAAUGAAUGAAGACGACCCUGAUCGAAGAAUGCAUAAUUAUAUUUCUGUUGUUGUUGCUUCUUUUGUACAUGUCAAGCUAUGCAAUUAUUAGGAGAUUCAGAAGACAAGAUCGAGAAGAUUACUUCUCUACAGACGAAGAUGAGAUCACUGUUUAUAGAAUCAGCCUGUGGCUUUGUACGUUCUCCUUGGCUGUGUCUGUUGGAGCUGCUUUGCUUCUCCCCAUCUCCAUAUUGAGCAAUGAGAUUCUUCUGUACUACCCUGACAGCUACUAUGUCAAAUGGCUCAACAGUUCACUCAUACAAGGCCUAUGGAAUCAUGUGUUUCUGUUCUCCAACCUCUCUCUUUUCAUCCUGCUGCCAUUUGCAUACCUGUUCACAGAAUCUGAAGGUUUCACAGGCUAUCGCAAGGGUUUGAUGGCAAGAGUUUAUGAAACGUUCAUAGUUUUGUGCCUGCUGGCAGUUGUGAUGCUGGGAAUGACAUACGUUAUGUCUGCACUUAUUGAUAAGGAACAAUCUAACAUACAUACAUUGCUCAACCUUUGGACAUACUAUUUACCAUUCUUGUACUCAUGCAUCUCAUUUCUUGGUGUGCUUAUGCUGUUAUUGUGCACACCUUUGGGUUUUGUGCGUUUGUUUGGUGUGGUUGGCCAGUUUCUAGUAAAGCCUCAGUUCCUUCGCGAUGUGGACGAAGAGUUUUUUGUUGCUCAACUGGAGGAAGACUGUCUUAGCCGGCGACUUAAUCUGGCUACGGCUACUGGCAAAUCCUAUGUAUCACCUGCUCCCAUGUGUUUAGUACCUGUUAGUCCUGGCUGUGAAGAUGAUAUUAUGGAGAACAAUCCUGAUAUCCUCAUGACGCUUCAGAAUGGAGCGCUGCAGUCUGGUCUUGGGGAGAGACUCAACAAGGUCCAGUUCAGGAGGAAAGUUUUAGACAAACAAAGACACACAUCCUCACUUCAGAGGAAUCUCAUGUACCCUGUGGCCAUGUUGUUGCUCUGUGCAUUGACAGCAGUCACGGUGCUUAUGGUGCUGCAGAAUACGCUAGAGUUGCUGAUAGGAAUAAAAGCACUUCCUCUGAGCACUAGACAAUUUUCGUUAGGUAUUAGUUCUUUGUCAAAACUGGGUCCAAUUGGUGCAGCUUUGGAGAUACUACUGAUAUUCUACCUUAUUGCGACAUCGUCUGUCGGACUUUACACUUUACCGUUCCUAUCACAAAUGAGGCCAAGGACCAAAAUGACCUCGUUGACUCACAUCAUAGCGAAUUGUGGCCUUGCAUUGAUAUUGAGCUCAGCAUUGCCUCUCCUUUCACGUAUUCUAGGUAUCACGAACUUUGACCUGCUGGGUGACUUUGGACGUAUCGAGUGGCUGGGAAACUUCAAGAUAGUUCUUUUGUACAACCUCGUGUUUGCUGCUACAGCCACUCUUUGUCUCGUCAACAAGUUUACUGCCACAGUCAGGAGAGAACUUUACGCUCGACUGAAAAGUUUCCUGUUGACGUUAUUCCACAAACCUCAAAGACAUCGCUCGACAUCUUGGAUGUCAUCCAGCCCAAAUCCCACAUCAGGAAAGGAAGACUGACAACGGAACUUGUGGCAGUUCAAAUUCGAUGCGUCUGUCAGGACGUGCUGUCGAAGAGCAACCGGAGAUUAACGACCUACCACAAGAAGCUCGUCAUUUUCAAAACAGAAAUCAGUUCGUGCUGAGGAAUGGAGUGUUAAUUUUUUAACACGUUUCUCAUUGGGAGUGGACGCGUUUUGCUGCCCCUGGAUGUUCGUAAAGAAACCAAAACAUGACAAUCAGCAACUCACUGAAUGUAUUAUUGAUACAUUUUUUUACUCUUUCAAUGAAAUAUAUUACUCGGUAAGUUAGAAUAGACGUUCUCCGUCGUCGUUGAUAUUUAUUUUGUGUUUUGGUGUUUUUGUUAAAACCGGUUUGCGCUGUGAUUGUGUCGUGUGUGUUAACUGUAAGGCGGUUUGCCGGCGGACAUCAGCGACGCUGUUCUUGACGUCGUGGUGCUUAUUGUAUUUAUCCAACUAGCACUUGUAAUACUUAACGCAUUCUUCAUUUGAUACAAGACUGAAUUCAUUAAUGCCAAGUAUGUAUGUCCGAGGGAGAGAAAUUUACAGAAUUGAAAAUAUGUUGCAGU